AUGAACCUUCUUCCAGAUAACGCCCAACUCACACCAGCAUUUCUUGUAUUAUGCUUUGUGAACAUAUUCGGCAAAGGGGUAUCUACCAUUGCAAUUCCGUCGAUGCUAAUGGAGCGGCUAGUCGCCUCUUACUAUAUAAGUGAUUAUGAAGCCAAAUCUCGUAUUUGGGUUGCCGCCUCCGUUGCUGCUACUUCAUGUGCAUUGCCGGCACUAUAUUCUUGGGGCAUGAUCUUUGGUACGAACAUAGUUACUCAACUGUCACUAGUGCGAAGCUCAAAAGCAGUGCUUACGAUAGCUGGAAUGCAGUGCUGCUUCUCUUUUGAUAGCGUUAUAGUACGUGUCCUAGGUGUGGACAAGGUAGUCAUAUUUAUUGUAGGACUGUGUAUCGCUUCAUCGGUAGUCUACGUGAGACUGUAUCAGCGCGAACAACGACGACUUGAGAAUUUCAUCAUAGGCUCUCAAACUCGACAAUAUCUUAGCACGAGAUUCCAGUUGAUCGAAAACCUGAGGGUUCUCAAGACCAUAAUGUUCGCAUCUCUGAUCUACAGCGUAUGGAUACUGGUGCCUGGCAUGCUUAUUAUGAUGGUUUUCUUUUAUUUUCUGCCGUUUACGUACGUCGGUCAAUUGCUCUUCGAGUUCUUCGAAUUAUUUAUAUCA